UGGAGGAUCCGUCAGCUCCAAGUUGGCUACUUCCAGGUCGUUGCUUGAUGUAUAAGUCGCAUUUGUCGUUGUCAGGAGGGUGUUAGUCCGCGGGUCUAAAUGUCCGAGGAGGCACACGGAAACGUCGCAUCGGAGGCGUUCGUGUUGAGAUUCGCUGGCUCCAAGUCAGCUACUCACCGAAGACCCCUGUGAAGGAUCCGUCAGCUUCAAGCUGGCUACCUCCAGGUCGCCAAUGAAGUAUAAGUCGUCGUCUUCGUGUUGCCCGGGCGGGGACGGGGAGCACAGAAUCACAUGGCAAAUCGGAGUGAUUCGUGUUGAGGUGGGUUGGCUUUCAGUCAGCCUCUCUGGAGAUCUCCAAGUCUGUAUCUCCAAGUCCGCCAGGUACAUUCCGCCAGGUGCAGUCCGCCAGGUGCAGUCCGCCAGGUGCAGUCCGCCAGGUGCAGUCCGCCAGGUGCAGUCCGCCAGGUGCAAUCCGCCAGGUGCAAUCCGCCAGGUGCAGUCCGCCAGGUGCAAUCCGCCAGGUGCAGUCCGCCAGGUGCAGUCCGCCAGGUGCAGUCCGCCAGGUGCAGUCCGCCAGGUGCAGUCCGCCAGGUGCAGUCCGCCAGGUGCAGUCCGCCAGGUGCAGUCCGCCAGGUGCAGUCCGCCAGGUGCAGUCCGCCAGGUGCAGUCCGCCAGGUGCAGUCCGCCAGGUGCAGUCCGCCAGGUGCAGUCCGCCAGGUGCAGUCCGCCAGGUGCAGUCCGCCAGGUGCAGUCCGCCAGGUGCAGUCCGCCAGGUGCAGUCUGCCAGGUGCAGUCCGCCAAGUGCAGUCCGCCAGGUGCAGUCCGCCAGGUGCAGUCCGCCAGGUGCAGUCCGCCAGGUCCAGUUCGCCAGAUCGAACCUCAGACAAGCAAAUUGCAAGCGUCCUGUGAGGGCCUGUCUGUUCUAUUCAGCUAUUCACAGAGUACCAUUGGGCAAUCCCUCAAUCCGUGGCGCUUACAGCGCUUUAUAAUACACACUAUGCUUGUCAGAAGGGGCUUGUCACAGCGUGCCUUCAGUCUUCCUCGCUUUCAUACUGCCAAACCGUAUGACUGUUUAGCGACAGCCCAUGUUGCUUCAAACAUUACACAGCGAAGUCGACAGAGGCACUUCUUGAGCUCCUCGAGUCUCCCUGUUAAGUGAUAUAACCUAUACAGAGAUCAGGCAAUCGCUCGCAUGCGUCUUGAACAUACGCCGGAGUUCCAUAUCUCUUGAUGGCUUUCUGCCAGCCGACCAAAAAGGAGAACCCCUCGUUUGUCUGCCUGGAUCCCUACAACUCUUCUUCGGGUCGUCGACUUGGCUGGCUAGCUUCCUUUUUUCUUCCAGCAAAGCGUCGUCAAACGAAUCCUCCUAGCUCAAUCUCUGUUUUAGGACCUCACUAGAAAUCCGAGGUU